UUCCUGAAUAUUAUAUAGAAAGAGAUUUGAAUAAUUUAUUUAAAAAAAAUUUUUUUUUAUAAUUUUUUUUUGAAAAAUUGAAAAUUUUUAUACUCACGUUAAAAAAAAUUUUUUAAAUCGUAAAAAGUAAAAGAUUUACAUUAAAAGAUGAAUUGCAACGCCGUUUGUCCGUUGGCAAGCAACAAUUUUAGUGGUACAUCAUUAGCAUCAGCAUGUGGCGGUGGAGCAUUUAUACUUUUUAUGGGAAUAUUGGAGCAAUUUAUUCGUAAAAAAUGUGACUUGGAAGAUCCAUGCCGUCGUGUAUCGUCAAAAAAUAUUCCUAAUAACAGUUAUGACUUUAUUGUGAUUGGAGGAGGAAGUGCCGGUGCCGUGGUUGCCUCGAGGCUAUCAGAAGAAGAAUGUUUUUCCGUAUUACUUUUGGAGGCAGGAUUAGAUGAACCGGCAUGGUCACAAGUGCCAUCAUUUUUUUUCAAUUAUUUACAUACCGAUAUGGAUUGGCAAUAUACAACUGAGAGCGAGGAAAAUGCUUGUCUCAAUAAAAAGGAUAGUAAAUGCUACUGGGGAAGGGGAAAGGUUCUUGGAGGCACCAGUGUAAUGAAUGGAAUGAUGUAUAUGAGAGGAUCUAGAAAAGAUUACGACAAUUGGGAAAAAUUGGGUAACAAAGGUUGGUCCUAUCGUGAUGUACUCAAGUAUUUCAUGAAAAGUGAAAAUAAUUUACAACUAGAUAAAGUAGAUGCUGGAUAUCAUAGUAGAGGAGGACCACUUGCAGUAACUCAAUUUAAUCAUCAUUUCCCAAUUAGCUAUGACAUUCUCAACGCUGGUAAAGAAUUGGGUUACAAUACCGGUGAUUUGAAUGGAAGAAAUCACACUGGAUUUAUGAUCGCUCAAACAAAUUCAUUACAAGGAUCAAGAUUUUCAAGUGCUCGAGCUUUUGUUCGACCGGCUCGUAAUCGUAAAAAUUUCCACGUUAUGCUCAAUUCAACAGUGACAAAAAUUAUUUUCGAUAACAAUAAGAAAGCCGUGGCUGUUGAAUUUUAUAAAAAUGGAAAACUUAAUAAAGUUGGCGUCAAUAAAGAGGUCGUUGUUAGUGGAGGAGCCGUUAAUUCACCGCAAAUACUUCUAAAUAGUGGAAUUGGAGCAAAAAAAGAAUUGGAAAAAGUGAAUGUUCCAGUGGUGAACGAUCUGCCAGGAGUUGGAGAAAAUCUACAUAAUCAUGUUUCCUAUGGACUUUCAUUCACCAUUGAUGAACCUAAUAACAAUACGUUAAAUUGGGCGACUGCGAUGGAAUAUUUGACUGAAGGAAGAGGUCCCAUGUCUGGUACAGGAAUUUCGGAAGCGACAGGAAUGAUAAACACAAAAUACGCAAAUCCAAAUGAGGAUCAUCCGGAUAUACAACUUAUUUUCGGUGGCUAUUUGGCGGCCUGUUCCGAGACUGGAGCAAUCAAUGAAAAUUCAGAAUCACCACGAAAUAUCAACAUUUAUCCAACCGUUCUUCAUCCAAAAAGUAAGGGAUACCUUCGUUUGAGAAAUAAUGAUCCCCUCUCAAAACCAAUGAUUUCUCCAAAAUAUUUCUCUCAUUCUGAUGACAUUGGUGCUUUGACUGAGGGAAUCAAGUUUGCGAUACGAUUAACAGAGACCAACGCUCUUAAAAAAUACAACAUAAAGCUUGAUAAGACACCGGUGGAAGGUUGUGAAAACUUUGAAUUCGGCACUGAUGCAUAUUGGAAGUGUGCCGUAACGAGGGACACAAAUGCAGAAAAUCAUCAAGCCGGUUCUUGUAAAAUGGGUCCCGACACGGAUCCAAUGGCUGUUGUUGAUAAUGAAUUGAAAGUUAAAGGUGUGUCUGGUGUUCGAGUCGCUGAUACCAGUAUAAUGCCUGAUGUUAUUUCUGGAAAUACACACGCUCCAGCUGUGAUGAUUGGCGAAAGAGCGGCAGAUUUUAUCAAAAACUGUUGGAAUUCAUAUAGAAAUCAAUGUAAACAGUAUCAUAAUGGUUAUGUUCAUGAUCACUAUUAUCAUUAUCAGCAUCAUCAUUUUGAACAUUUUCAACAACCACCACAUUAUUAUGAUAUUUAAAUUUAGAGAUUUUAUUUUUAAGCUAUUAAGACAAAGAAUAUCAUGUGAUUAAUUAUAUUUGUGUACUGUGACUUAGUUAAUAAUAAAAAAAUUUACUAGAAAAUUAAGGGACGCAUGAUUAUUCCCCAAAUGUCAUUUUUCCGAAAUGUCAUUUUACCGAACUUUUGCGAAUUGUCAUUUUUGCGAGAAG